AUGUCGGCUCCAACCAAGAUCCUGAUAUAUCUCCUGCGUCGAGACAUUCGCAUCGCAGACAAUCCUGUACUCAACCAUCUCGUCAGUGCCACGGACCAUGGAUUCACUCACCUGUUGCCCGUCUAUGUUUUCCCUGCCAACCAAACAGAGCUAUCCGGCUUCAUCCGAGACGGCGGCAAAAACCCAUACCCCGAGGCCCGGAGCUCGGUAGGCGGAUACUGGAGAUGUGGGCUCCAUCGAGCCAAGUUCAUGGCCGAGGCCGUCUGGGAUCUCAAGAAAUCACUCGAGUCUGUUGGUAGUGGCCUGGUCAUCCGAGUGGGAAUGGUAGCCGAUGUCGUUCGAAGCCUGGUUGAAGGGCUGGCCGAGAAACACCAGAAUGUGGGCGGUGUCUGGAUGGUGAGCCAAGAAGGUACAGAAGAAAAGUUCGACGAACAGGCUGUGUCAGCCUUGUGCGACGGUAAGGGCGCUGAUUUCAAACUGUGGGUGGAUGAGAAGUACUUUAUCGAUGAUCGAGAUGUCAGCAUUGAUAAACCGCAAGACUUGCCAGAUGUCUUUACGACAUAUCGGAAAUCUGUUGAACCUCUCAGGGAGAAGCCAAGGGCCGUCCUGCCAAGGCCGGAAAACGCAUCUUUGCCCCCGAUCCUUGACUUAUCUGUGAUUCCUUCACAAACUCCGCCGUUUAGCAUCCCGGAGACCCUCGAAGGGCUUGUCGAGGCGUUAACUAGACCGGUGAAGAACUUUCUUCCUAGCGUCCCUAGGUUUCUAGAAAAGGCCGAGUCAGCUCACCCCUUCGAGGGCGGCGAGACUGCGGCCCAUGCACGACUGAGCCAUCUCAUCAAGUCUGAGGGCAUGAAAAACUACAAGGACACUCGAAACGGCCUUAUUGGGACCGAGUUCAGCACAAAGCUGUCGGCUUACCUGGCACAGGGCUGUAUCACCGCACGUCAGAUCCAUCACGUCCUUCUUAGCUACGAGGAUGGCACAGACAGCACAUUUGAACAGGCUGAGGGGUACGGCGCAGGUCAGAACGAUGGAACUGCUGCCAUCCGAUUUGAGCUAUUAUGGCGAGACUACAUGCGGCUUUGCCAUCAGAAAUUCAAGCACAAGCUCUUCCGCCUCGAGGGCUUCAAGGACGGGUACAAGGACGAUGAGAAGAAGCCGAAAUGGAAGUCUGCCGUGGUUGAACAAGCAUCGCCGGAUCAGAAUCCCGGGCCGGGUGAGAUUUCCAGCAUCUUGCAACGAUUCAUGGCAGGAACGACGGGCAUGGGCUUGAUCGACGCCUCACAGAGGGAAUUGAUCCAAACCGGCUACACUUCCAAUCGAGCGCGUCAAAAUGUGGCCAGUUUCCUUGCCAAACAUCUUGGCAUUGACUGGAGGUACGGAGCCGAAUGGUACGAGAUGCUGCUGGUUGACUACGACGUGUCAUCCAACUGGGCCAACUGGCAGUAUGUGUCCGGAGUGGGCAACGAUCCCCGUGGUGAGAUGCGCAUUUUCAACCCAGUCAAACAGGCAUUCGACUACGACAAGGAGGGAAAAUAUGUUCGAGCUUGGGUUCCAGAGGUCGACAAGUUGGAAAAGCUUGAGAACGUAUUCCAGGCAUGGACGGCGUCCGAGGAAGAGCUCAGGGCCGCGGGUCUGGAGGACAACAUCAUGGUCACGGACCCUGUGAAGCGCAUCGAAUUCUCAGUCGACAGCAAACCAGUGAGGCAGAACAAGCGGCCGUACCCCAAGCGUAGAGGCGGACGCCAGCUCACCGGCCCGUCGGGAAGCGAGAGCAAACCUUUUGAAGAACAGGAGGGCCAAGAUGGAUGGAAGGACAGGGGGGCCCAGCAGACGAGCGACAAGUCACAGGGCGAGGAGCGUUUCGUGGACGAUAUCCCCUCCCUGCUCAAGAACGUCAUUGGGGAGCCCCUCUUCAGCACGACGGUUAGGCGCCGUCGACUGUAA